AUGGGUUCUAAAAUCAAUUUUGGAAAAUUCCUUCACGAACGGCCCUCACGCGAAUCAAAAACCAUUUACGACGGCUCCGGGCCUUUACAAGCUCUCAACACUUUGAACAUCCGGAGGUCGGACGUUUUAUCUCGAUCGGAGCUCAACAGCAUACGGGGUGAAGUGAGACGAGCGAUCAGGGAAGGAACAAAUCCGGUCUAUGGAGCGAUCAAGGUCGUUUCGUGGAUUGACGAAAAUUUGAGGUGCCUCGAACGUCAGGGAAUUCGCCUAAUUCAGGGGGGAGCCACGGGGAGCUACCGCUUGAUAGAUACGGUGGAACAAAAAAAAACAAUCCUACAGGUUAGACAUGAGAACGUGGUGAACGAGAGGAAGAGGAAUCGCAUGGGAAACAACCGAGAGCCGAGUGAGAUGGGGUUCACGUCAUCAAGAGUGAGGUAUGUUUGGAACGGAAAUUACAUUGAAGUUGGAAGAAAAAGGUCCAAGAUCAGUGAGCUGCUGGAUUAUGUUCAAAGUCAACCGGAGAUUACUGUCGACGCAGAGGACGAGAAAGAAGAUGUGAUCAGCAUCUAUGCUUCGGAUCCCGAGUUUGACGAUCUUGAAGGGGAUAAACGAGAUGAGAACAACGUGUCGGAAUUGGAGGAUGAUUCACGUUCACGCAUAGGUGUAUUGGAUUCUGAAUUCAAUUCAUUGAUGGUCGGAAGCCGAUUAACAGGGAGAAUUGGCGUUUCGUCAUGCACCUAA